CCCCCCCUCCCCUCGUCCCCUUCCCUCUCCCUUCCCUCCCGGCCCCGUUCCAGGGGCGAAGCCGCCCGCCGGGCCCCGCGGAGCUGAACCUCGAGUCCUGCUCUAUGCUCACUGGGGGAAGGCCUGGAAGGACAUCUCGGACUGUUGGUGCUGCUUCAUGCAGUUCAAUGUUCUGAGGUCAUGAAACUUAAUCCACAGCAAGCUCCAUUAUAUGGCGACUCUGUUAUUACAGUGCAGCUGACUGAGGAAGAUAAGGUUGAAGAUGAUGUAGUUUUCUACUUGAUCUUCACUGGGUCAACUGUCCAGCACUGCACGAGCACUAGGAAGAUUAAUCCUGGGAGUCUGGAGACAAUUUCUCCUGGCCAUGACUGCUGUGAGACAGUGAAGGUGGCACUUUGUGCCUCUAAGGAAGGUCGCCCUGUUCUGGUGGUGGCAGAAGAGAGCUUCAAGUUCAUCCAGGAUGAAGCCUACGAUGCAGCCCAGUUUCUGGCUACCUACGCAGGGAACCAGCAGGCACUAAACUUCACCCGUUUCUUGGACCAGUCGAGACCACCUGCUGCUGAUGUGGACAUUUUGGAUGAGAAAGUGGCUUUGGCAUUUCGACACCUGAAAUUGCCUGCAGAAUGGAACGUGCUGGGAACGGAUCAGUCCCUCAACGAGAACAUCCCUCGGGAGACACUGAUGCACUUUGCAGUGAGGCAGGGCCUGCUGAGGCUGACGUGGUUUCUGCUCCAGCAGCCAGGAGGAAGAGGAGCUCUCAGCAUCCACAACCGCGACGGCGCGACGCCCGUGAGCUUGGCCUUGGAGAGGGGCUACCAGAAGUUGCAUCAGCUUCUGACCGAAGAGGAAGCCACGGAGCCCGACUCGUGGAGUACCCUGUCUCACACUGUGCACACUGGGGACUACUGCGUCAAGCACCACCAGCAGCUCGAUGUUUACACGCUAACAGCUGAAACCAAGGAAGGGACAAAAGCCAGCCUGGAGAGUGACAUACGGCAGCUUCAGAUGCACAUGCAAAGCCACCAGCACAUGAGUUCAAGGAAGCGGACGAAGAUUGUACUGGGAGCCUCUGGAAAUAGCUGUGGCAAUGGAGCUGAGCCAGUUGGUCACUCAACUGCUUCAUCUCAAAGCCUAGGAGGAAUGCCAGAAGAAGGAAGGAAGGAAAGUCCAUCUGAUGUCCUUCACCUUGACAGUGGGCAGCUCUCAGACCAAGCCCACCAGGAGGACGAGUGCCCCAGUAGGUCACUGAUAACUGGUGCUAUUGAUGCACCAAACGGCUCGCUGAGUCUGGGGGUGGUGGAGAGCCCAGAGUGCUCCUGUGAAAGCAAAAAUACGGUGACGUUGUGUAAAAAGGAAGAGGAGGGGCCAGCCUCUGCUCAGAGCUCCGGGACUGUAUCUGAUGAGAACGGCUGCACAGUCAGCCCGUGUGCAGGCGUCAACGGUGCUGUAAAUCUCCCAUCCUGUGGAAAUACAAAUGAGGAAGCUGGAAUGACAUCUGCUGGAGUUGUUUUGGAUCAAGCCGGGUUGUGCAGUAAAGAUAGCACCCAUCAGGAAGUGGGUGCUGCUGAGGAGUGUGCAGCUGAAAGUACUGUUGCUGUGGUUGAAACUGCCGGUGAAGCCCCAGCUUCCCGAGAGGGCGUGGAUGUGGCCAUGGGCCAGACCGAGUGCAGGAACUGUGCUGGGGCAGCUGACAGGGCGCCGGGCCAGCAGCAGGUAGAGGAUGGGAUGGCUGAGACCCCUGCAACGAGGACUGAGGAUCCAGGAGAACUAUUGCCAGCUGAGGAAGAACCCGCAAGUGUUGCUCAGCCCUUGCUUGAUGGCUUUAAUGGCACUGAAUGUGCAGGUGGGGAGGAUGCAAAUGUGGGAGUGGUACCGGAGUGUGACAGUACAAAUGCAAAUGUUGACAUUGAUGUCUCUGUUGGUCUUUGCAAGAGUGGCGAUAAUGAUAAGACUGGAGUGUCAGGCACUGAUCUGGUAAACAAUGGAGUUUUGGAAAGCAAAGGUGGUGCCUGUGUCAAGGAAAGGCCAAGAGUCACUGCGAGCACCAGGGCACCGCUGCCUUCAGUGAAUGGAGUGAAGGUACCUGUGUGUGUGCCAGUGUUUCCUGAUGCGGAAAGCCAAGACAGCAGGGAGAGUGUGGAACCUGAAGGGCAGGUGAAAGUGGGUAGCACAAAUGGCAAAUCCAGCUCACCCUCCCUGGAAGACAGCGUGGAAACUGAUGGCCUUGAUGCUAGAGCUGAAAAUGGCAAUAUUGGUGGAACUAAACAAAGCAGUGAAAAACCCACACAUUGCCAGGGGAGCGGUGACAUUGCUGAGUGUAUAGGCAAAGCUGUGGAGGGCAGUGGAGCCCACAGCAAGGCGCCAGUGGGAACUGAUACCAGCAGCAGCAGAGAGGGAGGAAGCAUAGAUUCUGCAGACAGAGCUCAGGAAGUUGCUAGCUGCUGCCCUCCUGUUGAUCAAACUACUGUUCAUGAUGAAACAGGGGACAAGUUAAAGCUGGAUGGCACUCAGGGGAGUGUGCAGGAGCCCAGAUUGCUCCCUCUGGAGGAUGCGAGCACAUUCUCAGCAGGGAAGGAGCCUUCGGAAGCUGAAGAGAGAACAGAAAUUGCUUCAGGGCAAGGGAUGCCCCAUCCUGAUGCAGGGGACCUGGCUUCAGGUCGGACAGGAGAUGCUAUAGUGGCACCUCCUGGAGAGGAGGCACCCCUGUGCAGUAGUGACCCUGUUUUACCUCCGUGUUCCAAGGGCACAGACUGUACAGAGGAUAAUUUUGUAGGCACACCCUUUGUAAUUCGUAAUGAAGAAUCUAAACAAAAGCAGGAAGUGGCAGCAGGAUCGGCUGAGCUGGCCCCUCCGCACAGCCAGGAGCGUGGCGGGGUGGCCGGCGUGCUGGAGGACUAUGCGGGGGCCCCAGGCCCUCCUAAGCAAAGCCUACAGCCUCAUGCUGAAGGAGAAGACACAGCCAAAGCUGAGAGGGAGGUCUCCAACAGCAGCCAGGAGCAGGUUUUGUCGGAGAAUCUGCUUGCCACAGUUGUGAAAUCCUCUGUCGGCAGUGCAGAGAGGCCCGCAGCCAGCAGUGAUGCGGGUGCUGGGCUGGAGGAGCUGGGCCCCAACCAGGCUGGGACAGCAGGAGCAGGAGAUAGCAUCAUGCAAGGAACUGGGCCAGCAGCAGGGAGUAACCCUUGUCUGGAUGCCGGGCUGCCCCAGGAGCGUGGUCCAAACCUGCAACAUGUCUCCCCGCGCAGCAGCACCCCCGAAUUGAAGGAUGCUUUGGCAAUGGAAGCCCCAAGCCUUGCUUUUGAGGCUGAGGAAGCGUUGCAGAUAGCAGCGGUAACCUCCAUCACAGGGUAUGAGGAAGAGCAGGGGGAGAUGGAAAGUGUCCUUCCCAGAGCCACGCUGCAGCCUAUUGCGGAGGAGCCCACGUGUGACAGUGACUCCAGCAGUGACACCAUGGGUCCGGGCGGUGAUGGCGAUUCUGCUCCCACUUCGACAGCAGCACAGGGGUUGGUCACAGCACAGCCUGAGGGUAAGCAAAGCCAAGGCAUAUCGGAGCCAACCCCUUCACCCUGCUCCUCUGGCUUCAAUGCUGUUGAGUCACCCGAGCAUGUGGGAGUAAAGAGUUCAGUUUCGGCAGAUGAUGGCUCUUCUCUGGAUAAAGUUCCUAAAAUGGUAAAAAGUUUUGAUGCCGUAGUUUUUGCAGCUGAGACCCCUUCAUCUCCUGGCUUACCAGCUGAAGGAAAAGUGGGGCCUGAGCCCCAGCCUGCAGUGGAUGUGGCAGCUGGCCUUAACGGAGAGGCAGAUUUAAGAUCCUCUGCCAGAAAGGACGUCAGCCAGGCCAUUCGCGGAACCAAGCCUGCCACAGGGAAGUUGAAAAUGAAAACUGAAGAUGAGGUGGAUUUUAUGAAGGACCCCAGAGAGAGCGCAGCGCGCGAGGAAGCGAUAAACCGUGAAAGCUGGUGCUCACUGGAGCCAUGUCCUGACUCUUCGCUGCUGGAGCGCAAGCGGACAGGAGAGUCUCCAGAGUGUGAGAACUUCUUGGAGGAUGGGCUGAGCAGCGUCUGUGCCUCAUCACAGGGUGUCCUUAAAAGAGAGUCUGGCAGCGAGUCUGACUUCUUCUCCUUGCCUGGUGAUGGGAUGGAAGAUCUUGUCUUUGGGAAGCAGCCUGAAGAGGAACAGUCUGCAGGAGAUGUCACCAGCUCCAGCUCCUCUGCUGAUGACACCGUGUCCUUGGAGAGGAACUCAUCCCUGGGUAGCGACACGUCCCUGCCCUUCCCACCCGCGGUGAGCUUUGCACAGCCCAAGGACAGGCGCAGCCUGGAUGGGAGCUGCACGAGCAUGGUGGCUGUGGAGGGAGGAGAGGGUGAACUCGCUGGCUUGGGAGAGAAGGAAGAGGAGCUGGACAGUAUCACAGACGUGCCUGCUCCUUCCUCCGUCUCAAGAAACUCCAUGCGGCCGCUGUCACCUUUCCGACGCCACAGCUGGGGGCCAGGGAAGAAUGCCACCAAUGAAACAGAAAUCAAUCAGAGGAGUUCAAUGCGAGUUCUGGGGGAUGGUAUAAAGAAGCCUCCCAUUCAUAGAAGAAGUUUGAGCUGGUGUCCCUCUGGUGUGCAGUUCGCUGCCAUGGGUCCUGACUUUAAUUGUAGAAGUUACAGCCUAGAAGGCCUUGCUGGAGACUCUGGUGAGAACAAGAAGCCCUCUGCAAACAUGGAGGCUGCUUCUCUGAGCUCCAAAGACCUUCCACGGAGCACACUCACCAGCAACCAGUGCGGCUCCCUGGUUUUGCUCACUGAAGAACUUGAGCAAGGGGAAAUCAGAGACUAUGAUCACCAGAUCCAUCAAGCACCACACCCACAAGGAUUCAAUUUCUGCACUUCCUCCGUUUCGUCUUCACUGACCAAAUCUGUGUCUUUAAUGUCAAUUAGUAAACCAUCUCUGGACAGUACUCAGGCAUUUGGUGGCCCCGCGGGUUCCUUGGUUCAGAGCAUAUCUGAAGAGAGCAGCAGUGUCCCCUCUAUUAAAAGUGGAACAAAAGUCAGUCGUACCUUCAGCUACCUCAGGAAUAAAAUGUCCAGCAGCAAGAAGAGCAAGGAAAAAGAGAAAGAUAAAGAGAAGACUAAAGAGAAGGACAAAGAUUCCAAGGAAAAGGAAAAAGAUAAGAAGAUGUUAAAUGGACAUCUCUUCACUGCAACCUCCGUUGUAGCCCAAGCAAUCUGUUACCACUGUAUGAAACCUUUCAAUAAGGAUUCGUACUACUGUGCAAACUGCAAUGCAAUUGUUCACAAAGGCUGUAAGGAGAGCUUUGCUUCCUGUGCAAAGGUGAAAAUGAAGCCACAGAGAGGAAUGCUGCAGGCACAUGAUACCUCUUCAUUACCCACAGUGACCAUGAGAAACAAAGGCUCACAGCCCAAGGAGCGCCCUCGCUCCGCGAUACUCGCUCCCGAUGAGAACACCGUCACCUCCAUCUUCAACAACAGGAGAUCACAGCAGCCCACGGCGCUGUCAAAGAGUGUCUCAAUACAGAACAUUGCAGGGGUUGGGAAUGAUGACAGCUUAAUACACACUUGGAAAUUUCUGUCACAGUCCACAGACUCUUUACAUAAAAUUAGCCGGGUGAAUGAAUCCACUGAAUCAUUAGUUGAUGAAGGUGCAGACAUGAAUGAAGGGCAGCUGAUGGGAGACCUGGAACUAGAUUCCAAGCAGCUGGAGGCAGAGUCCUGGAGCCAAGCAGUGGACAGCCUGUUCCUACAGCAGCAAAACAAGGAUGUUGUCAAACGGCAAGACGUAAUUUAUGAGCUCAUGCAGACAGAAAUGCAUCAUGUCCGCACCCUGAAGAUAAUGAACGACGUAUACAGUGCAGGGAUGUUACAGGAGCUGCAGUACGAUCAGCAAGUUGUGGACAAGAUCUUUCCCUGCCUGGAGAACUUGCUGCACAUACACAGUCAGUUCUUCCAGCGGAUUCUGGAAAGGAAGAAGGAGUCAUUGGCAGACAAAAGUGAAAAGAACUUUGUUAUCAAGAGGAUCGGUGACAUCCUGGUGAAUCAGUUCUCCGGAGAGAACGCUGAGAGAAUGAAGAAGACAUACGGCAAAUUCUGCGGGCACCACAAUGAGGCAGUAAAUUACUUUAAAGAUCUGCACUCAAAGGACAAACGUUUCCAGGCUUUUGUCAAGAAAAAAAUGAGUUCCUCCUUGGUGAGACGUCUUGGGAUUUCUGAAUGUAUCUUGUUGGUAACGCAGAGAAUCACAAAGUACCCAGUUCUUUUACAGAGGAUACUGCAGUACACCACAGAAAAUGAAGUGGAACAUGAAGACUUGACUCAGUCAUUAAACCUUGUUAAAGAUGUGAUUGCUGCAGUCAAUAGCAAAGUCAGUAACUAUGAAAAGAAAAUGCGCCUUGAUGAGAUUUACAACCGGACAGACAGCAAGUCCAUCAUGAGGAUGAAAAGUGGUCAGAUGUUUGCAAGAGAGGACUUGAAACACCGGAAGCUCAUCCGAGACGGGCCUGUGUCACUGAAAAAUGCAGCCGGACGGCUGAAAGAAGUCCAGGCUAUUCUCCUCUCUGACAUGCUCGUAUUCCUUCAGGAGAAGGACCAGAAAUAUGUCUUUGCCUCACUGGACCAGAAAUCCACGGUGAUCUCUCUGAAGAAGCUCAUCGUAAGGGAAGUGGCUCAUGAAGAGAAGGGUUUGUUCCUGAUCAGCAUGGGUGUGAAAGAUCCCGAAAUGGUGGAAGUGCAUGCCAGCUCCAAAGAAGAGCGCAACGGCUGGAUGCAGAUCAUUCAAGACACAAUAAGUACCAUGGAUAAGGAUGAGGAUGAAGGAGUCCCUUGUGAGUCUGAAUUUGAAAAGAAAUUGUCAGACACAAGAAUCAGAGCGCUGAAAGAACAACUUCAGCAGAAGGAUAAACAGAUCCUCCUCUUGCUGGAGGAAAAGGCCAAAAUCUUCAGUGACCUGGCAGACUCCUCUAUGCAAGAGGACAUGCCGGGCUCCAGACUGCUCUUCAGAGCCAACACUGAAGAAGCACCAAAAGGAGAAGCCAUUAUGAAAACUGCAAUAAAUGAAGUGGAACUGCUGCAAGAGCUGGUGAACAGGAACCUGGGCAGCACCCUUAUGCAGCAACUCAGCAGUGCUGCCAUUGACGAAGAGGGAGGAGUUGGCCCCAUCUCUCUUCCUAAAAGGGCAGAAACUUUUGGAGGGUUCGACAGUCACCAGAUGAAUGCCUCCAAGGGUGGAACAAAGGAUGAAGGCGACGAUGCUCAGGACCUACGGAGAACAGAGUCAGAUGGUGUUUUAAAGAAGGCUGGAAAUGCUAGCCUGAUGUUCAUACUGAAAAGAAACAGCGAGCAGGUCCUUCAAAGUGUUACCAGCCUCUGUAAGCUGCUCAAUGCUCUGCAGGGCGUUGUCCUACAGCAGGACACCUACAUCGAGGGCCAGAAGCUGGCCUUGAGUGAGAGGGCCCUGUCCCGAGGCUUCUUCCGCCCAGCCUCGCUGCUGGAGCAGGAGAAGCAGCGCAACCUGGAGAAGCAGCGCCAGGAACUCGCCAACCUGAAGAAGCAACAGGCUCAGCACCAGGAGGAGAAGAAGAGGGCAGAGAAGGAGUGUGAAGCACGGGAGAAGAAGCUGGCGGAGCUGGAAAUCCAACUGGCCAAGAGGGAGGAGGAGAUCCAGAAAGGGUGGCAGGAGCUGGAGUGCAGGCGGGAUGAGCUGCGGCAGUUGAAAGCCUCCUACCAGCUUGAAAUGGAGAAACUUCUCAGUAAGCAGAAGCAGCUGGAUAAGGAGUGGGAGCAGCUCAAGAAGGACAUGGAGCGACAACCUCAAAUGUGGUUGGAGCAUGAUGACAACCAGGUGUCAAAUCGACAUGAGAAACUUGCCAGGGUUUGCUCCCAGUCCAGCCUCGAAGGCACCUCCGUGCAGAAGAGCCCCUCAUUUCCUAAGCAAGGGCACUCUGAUGCAGAACUGUCUGUCUCCCCCAAAAGGAACAAUCUUUCAAGGACACACAAAGAGAAAAGCACUUCCCAUUUGCUUAGCACAACAAACCUGACUAACAAGGCAGCUGAGGAGCAGCCCCAGAUGCCUACUCGCCUCUUCAGUUUAUCCAAACCAAAGGAAAAGAAGGAAAAGAAGAAGAAGGGCAGGGGACAUCGCUCCCAGGAAUCUGAUUCUCAUUCAUCAGAAGCACCUCCAGAGGGUGAGGAGAUCUUCUGCUGAGUGGGGACGGCUCCGUCGGUCACUCUCAGCUUUCAUACAGCGGACAUCUCCCUGCCCGACCCACAGCACAGUGCUGGUGCCUGCACCUGCACCUGACAAGCAUCUGGAGGUUUUCAUUAAAACGUUCUGCAAGUUUAUAAAGUGGUGGGAAAGAGCCUCUUUCCUUGGGUUUGCGUGAGUUGUCACCGCAGAGGCUUCCCACACAGCAAGUGGUACCAUCUCCCUGUGCAAACCUGGAUUCAGGUCGGUUGGGACGGAUGUUUGCAGUCUGUGGUACUGCUAAGGGAUGAGAGAACAUAGCCUUAAGGGGUCUGUGCCUUCAUGUUCCCCUUUUCUGGGGAAGGUAACCAAAACCAAGCAUUCAGAAAAAGAUUAGGACUCUACAAAUGGUGCGUACACACUGGCAUAUAUAGAUAUACUGUACAUACCCAUCUCUGUAUCUAUGUAUCCUCUGGGAUAUGCUUAGGUCUGUACAGCCAAGCUUAGCUCGGCCCGUGGGGAUAGGUGAUGCCUUUCAGGGAGCAUUUGGAUAUCAAAUAUCUUGUCCUACUGCCCCAGCUGUAACGCCACUGACCCGCACGCCCCUUGGUGCUCAUGGUGUGGAUGCUGGCUUUCAGCAAGGCACUGCACACCGGGGAAGAGUAAUGGUGUUCAAAAGAAAAAAAUACAGGAAACAAAUAGAAUUGAAGCUCUCCAAAGAGAUUUAUGGGGGGUGGAGGAAUUACAUGUCAAACUGUUUCCAGAAUCAAGCAGAACUUGGAGUAUAUUUAAAGUGAUGCAGAAAAUUGAAACUGGGAGGUUUGGAAGGCAACCCUAGGAAGCCAGGACAGAAGGUCAUCAAGUAGGAAGAACGCUAAGCAGCUUUUCUUUAAGCACUCUCUUGGAGCUACAGCUCACUCCUUCCCGUAAAGAUUUGUGUUGCCAGGAUCUAUUUCUCCAGUUGUUUGACAUCCCUUCAGGCAAGCCUGAUGGCGUAUGGGAAAGGUGGCUGGAAAUCUGCUUUGAGGGACAUUGGUUCUGUUAUUUGUGCUUUCUUUCCUCCACUCUAUGUUACUGCUAGGCUUCUCUUCCUCUGGACUUUGUCAGCUUCUCCAGCUUGUUUCUAAGGCAGAAACACCAGCAGUUUCAUAGCACAUCAGUGAGAUAGGUCAGAGCAGAGAGAACUCUGAGGAGGCAGCUCUUCAGACCCAUGCCUCUGCAGCAUUGUGCUCUUGUUUCUGGGCAGAAAAAUGUAUUCACGUGGACAGAACCACUGUGCAGCAGAUCCAAAAGCUGGCAUGCCAGGUGCACGUCCUUUACUGUGUGAGCACAUCUGUGUCACCCUCAGCAGAAGGGGAAGGUUUGAGGACAGCUCUCGAUGCAGUAUCAUAGUCAUUUCAGCUGGAAAAGACCUCUAGCAUCAUCAAGCUCAAUUGUUCACCUAGCACUGCCAAGUCUGCCUCUAAAGAAGCACGUGCCGACAGUGAGGUGUUUAUACAGCUGUGGAGUACAGCAGGGAAGAGCAAUGCAGCAAGCCACUUCUGUUCCUUGCACGAUUGUUCCAAACCCUCUGAGAUCAAUUGGCUGAGUGGAUCUGUGAAUAGUGAUAGGACGUUAUCAGCUCCAAAAUAACUCAAGGGUUUGCUCCGAGUUGGAGGCUGCUGAGUGCAUUUCCUUUCCUACCAGUUUUGCUUUAAUGAAAAAAAACCAAAACCACACAACACCACAGUUCUUUAGUUGCACUGUUGUUUGAUUUAGCUUCACCCAAGCUAGGAACACACAGCAGUUUUCAGAGUUGGGUGCUGAUGCAGAUCGGCAGCGCUGCAGGUGAGGGGGAUGCUCUGAUGGUCUGUGCAGGAGCCCUAAGAGCCACCUGCUUGCUAUUGAAGCUCUCUGAACUGCUAAGAUAAAAUUAAAAAAAAAAAAAAAAAAAAAA